AUGCCAGUCCUUUGCGAUACACAGAUCGAAAAACUCGUGGACAUCAAACCCUUCGAGCGCGCCAUCAAGCGUGAGGGCACGAUCUCCUACGGCGUGUCUUCCUACGGCUACGACGUCCGCGUCGGGACCGAGUUCAAAAUCUUCACCCCGACGCCGCCUUCUGGUGGUGUUGCGGUCGUUGAUCCCAAAGCAUUCACUGACGACUUCAUGGUGCGCGUCGAUACCGCCGAGCGUGGGACGGACCAUGUGAUCAUUCCUCCCAACAGCUUCGCGCUUUGCGAGACUGUGGAGUGGUUCGAUAUCCCUCGUGACAUCCUUGUGUUGUGUGUUGGCAAGUCCACAUACGCACGCUGCGGAUUGAUCGUGAAUGUCACGCCGCUGGAACCAGAGUGGCGCGGCAAGGUGACGCUCGAGAUCUCCAACACGACCCCGCUUCCCGCAAAGGUCUACGCGAACGAGGGGAUCGCGCAGUUCGUGUUCCUCAAGGGCGACGAGGUGUGCGCUCAGAGUUAUGCGGAUAAGGCCGGGAAGUAUCAGGAUCAGGGUGCAUCGCUCGUUGUGUUCUACAGCGACGAUCUUGAGCAAACGGGGGAAGACGAUUCCACUUCGCUGAGCCGUGUGGCAAUGAGUUUGCAGUUUGGUAUUGACCCGUUUGCAUCCACGGAGUGGACCACGCGAGCGAGUCGGAUCACGAACCCGGACGGUUCGAUUGUCUUUGAGAUGCCUGAUGCUGAGGUCCCGGUUGGGUUCUCGCAGCUCGCGACCGACAUCAUGGUGUCGAAGUACUUCCGCAAAGCGGGUGUGCCUCAGCUUGAAGAGAAGUUCGCGCUCCCAGGUCAGAGCGAGCAGCUCCGCGAUGAGGACGGCUCGGUCACGAUGGGACCAGAACGCUCGGCGCGUCAGGUGAUCCAUCGUCUUGCGGGAUGCUGGCGUCACUGGGGCGAGACGCACAACUACUUUGACAGCAGCGACGACGCGCAGGCGUUCUACGACGAACUGGUGUACAUGCUGGUCCACCAGAUGUGCGCACCCAACUCUCCUCAGUGGUUCAACACUGGACUCAACUGGGCGUACGGCAUCAGCGGUCCUGCACAAGGUCACUGGGUUGUCAAUCCCGAGACUGGACUUCCGGAACUCGCGGAUGAUGCGUACACGCACCCGCAGCCGCACGCGUGCUUUAUCCAGUCGAUCGAUGACUCGCUCGUCAAUGAUGGCGGGAUCAUGGACCUGUGGAUGCGCGAGGCGCGUCUGUUCAAGUACGGCUCGGGAACGGGCACCAACUUCUCCAACCUCCGCGCUGAGAACGAGCUGCUCUCAGGGGGUGGCAAGUCGUCGGGUCUGAUGUCGUGGCUGAAGAUCGGUGAUCGUGCCGCGGGCGCGAUCAAGAGCGGCGGGACGACGCGCCGCGCCGCGAAGAUGGUGUGUCUGGAUAUGGACCACCCUGAUAUCGAGUCCUUCGUCAACUGGAAGGUCCGCGAGGAGAUCAAGGUCGCGGCGCUGGUCGAGGGUCUCAAAGCGAUCCAGAACGAGAAGGCAUCGGACUUGGACUCAGAAACCGUCGGCGAGACGGCUGAGCGUCUUGGUCUCAAGCUUGAUUACGAUUUUAAUGGAGAGGCGUACGGCACGGUCGCGGGUCAGAACUCGAACAACUCCGUGCGUAUCCCGGACUCGUUCUUCGAUGCCGUCGAUGCUGGAGAUGAGUGGAAGACUACCUACCGCACGACCGGCGAGACCGCGAGCACUGUCGAUGCACGCAAGCUCUGGGACGAUGUCGCGUAUGCCGCGUGGCGCUGUGCGGACCCUGGGGUUCAGUACGAUACCACUAUUAAUGCGUGGCACACCUGUCCGAAUGCGGGGAUGAUCAACGCGUCGAAUCCGUGUAGCGAGUACAUGUUCCUCGACAACACGGCGUGCAACCUCGCUUCGCUCAAUGUGAUGAAGUUCUACGACGCGAAGACACGCGAGUUUGACAUCGAGCGUUUCGAGCACGGCGUUGAUCUGUGGACGAUGGUGCUUGAGAUCUCGGUCCUGAUGGCCGCGUUCCCAUCGAAGGAGAUCGCUGAGCUGAGCUACACCUACCGCACGACGGGUCUGGGGUACGCGAACCUCGGCGCGAUGCUGAUGCAAGCGGGGAUCCCGUACGACUCAGAAGCGGGCACGGCGAUCUGUGGUUGCUUGACCGCGAUCCUGACUGGUCGUUCGUACAGAAUGUCCGCGAUGAUGGCGCGUGAGCACGGGGCGUUCCCUGGAUACGAACCAGAGCGUGACAACAUGCUGCGUGUGAUGCGCAACCACCGUCGCGCCGCGAUGGGUGUGGCGCGGGACAGCGGGGAGUACGAAGAGCUCCGCAUCGCUCCGGUCCCGAUCGAUCACGACCUGAUCCGCGAUCAUGGGGUGCCACUGGGGAACGCGAUGGAGCUGCUGCACCACGCGACGACCGCAUGGGACGACGCGCUGGAUCUCGGUGAGCUGUACGGCUACCGCAACGCACAGACGACGGUCAUCGCGCCGACAGGGACCAUUGGUCUGCUGAUGGAUUGCGAUACGACCGGUGUUGAGCCGGACUUCGCGCUGGUGAAGUUCAAGAAGCUCGCGGGCGGCGGGUACUUCAAGAUCGCGAACGCUUCGAUCGAUCCGGCGCUUGAGGCGCUGGGAUAUGACGAGGUUGAACGCCGGGAAAUGAUCCAGUACAUCCUGGGUACGCUGAACCUUCAUGUCCCGAUGCCUUCGGAUAUCGAGGACAGCGUGGGCGUCUCGCUCGCGGCGUGGUUGAGUGAUCACGGUCUCGAUGAUGACGAUCUGCAGAAGAUCACCGAUGCGCUCCCGAGCGUGUUUGAGAUCGGGUUUGCGUUCAGUGCCUGGUCGCUGGGUGAUGACACGCUGCGUCGUCUCGGAGCGAAUCCAGAAGAUGCGAAGGCGGAUCCGAGCUUCAACGCACUCAAGUUCCUUGGUCUGACCACUAAGCAGAUCGCAGAGCUCAACGAGCUGGUCUGCGGCACGCAGACCAUCGAGGGCGCUCCGCACCUCAAGGACGAGCACCUCGCGGUGUUCGAUUGUGCGAGCACCUGUGGUGCGAAGGGCACGCGUUCGAUCUCGGCGGGUGGUCACAUCCGCAUGAUGGCGGCGGCGCAGCCGUUCAUCUCAGGAGCGAUUUCCAAGACGAUCAACCUGCCUCACGACGCGACGGUGACUGAUAUUCAGGACGCGUAUCGCUUGUCGUGGGAGCUUGGUCUCAAGGCGAACGCGCUGUACCGCGAUGGAUGCAAGCUGAGCCAGCCGCUCAAUGCCAAGAGCGAUACGGAGACCGAGCUUGACGAGGACAUCGUGAUUGAUGAUCUCGAUCACGCGGCGGCGCUCGACGAGAUCGCGACGGAUGUCGCGGAGCUCGCGGAAGCCGCGGGUGAUGAGAAUGUGCGUGUGGUGGUGAAGAAGGAGGUCGAGAUCGUGCAUCGUCCGAUGCGUCGUCGUCUUCCGGAGACACGGAGAUCGCUGACGCACAAGUUCAACAUCGCUGGUCACGAGGGGUAUCUGACUGUUGGGUGCUACGAGGACGGGAAGCCGGGCGAGUUGUUCAUCACGAUGGCGAAGGAGGGCUCGACGAUUGGCGGGCUCAUGGAUUCGCUCGGGACCUCGACCUCGGUCGCGCUGCAGUACGGCGUUCCGCUCGAGUCGCUCGUCCGCAAGUUCACGCAUCAGCGGUUUGAACCAGCGGGAAUGACGACGAAUCGGGAUAUCCCGUUUGCCAAGUCGCUCGUGGAUUACAUCUUCCGCUGGCUCGGGAUGGAGUUCAUCGACGGCUAUCGCGAGGCGAACAUGCCGGCACGCUCGACUCCGGAACCUAAGGAACAAGCGGACAAACCCGAUCCGGUCGUCCGUCGAAUCCCGGUCCAGGAGAUCGAACCCAAGGCGAAGGAAAGCAAGCCUGAGCCCAAGCUCAUCAAAGCUGAACUGAAGGAGACUCAGGUCACCGCGAAGACGAGCGAUGGGACUCAGGUUGAUGCACGCAGCGCGACGCUCUCGAUGGCGCUUGAUGCUGCGGGUGACGCUCCGCCUUGCGAUGUGUGCGGCACGAUCACGGUUCGUAGCGGGACGUGCUACAAGUGCCUCAACUGCGGUGCUUCGAUGGGCUGCAGCUAA